GGUUCCCAGAUUCUACUCUCGGAACCGCCACCAAACGGCCAAACCAAAAAUCCCCAGCGCGCGGACCAUUUUACAAAGCAAUCAGACACUCAAAUUGUAUGAUCGUUCCCUCAUUGUCCCGGCUUCUUCAACUUUCUGUAGCCUAGGGUUUGUCUGAUCUUCCUAUCGGUCACCGACUCACCUGGAUCGGAUCGGGCACCAUGUGGCGCUCUCUCUGGCGGUCCAUCGAUCGCUUUUCGCUGCAGCAUUUCAAGAAUUGGAAAUGCUUGAAAUGAUUACUAAGAGAAGAGCUUGGUUCUGAUCUUGUUGUGGAUAUAGAUACGUAAUCGAUGAGCUGCGGAGGAUCAAAGCUGUGGAUAUGCGUAACAGGGAUUUGGUCAUAGAUCUACUGCAGUCUAUAGUGGAGAUAGUUACCUAUGGUGAUAGACAAGAUCCUAUGAUAUUUGAAUGUUUCAUGGAAUACCAAGUUUUAGCAGAAUUUGUUCGUGUGCUAAAUAUCAGCAGAAAUUCGAGGAUCGAGGCACCGUUGCUGCAGUAUCUAAGCAUAAUGAUUCAAAAUAUGGAUAGCGAGCAAGCAAUUUACUAUUGUUUUAGCAAUGAUUAUAUUAACAGCAUCAUCACACAUCAGUAUGAAUUUGACGUGGGAGAUCUAGCUCCAUAUUACGUAUCCUUUUUAAGGGCAGUGAGCAGCAAAAUAAACAGAGACACCCUUUGCCUUCUUGUAAAGGUUCAUGGGGAUUCUGUAGUCUCAUUUCCCCUGUAUAAUGAGGCUCUUAAAUUUGCUAAUCAUGGGGAAAAGAUGAUUCAGACAGCUAUACGUGCAUUAACUCUCAACACAUACAAUGUGUGUGAUGACAUGAUCUAUCAAUUUAUAACAACUCCUCCAGUCUCAAACUACUUCUCAGACUUGGUUUGUCGACUGAGACACCAAUGCUUUCAUCUAGACACCCUUCUCCAUGCUAAAGAGGAAACAUCCACUCAUGGGAGGAGAAAUGAACUAAUUCUAGAAACUGAUAAAAUUGUAGAUGAUCUAUACUACUUGAAAGACAUACUUAGUGUUGGCGAGUAUCGUUUGAGUAGAUUAAUCACCCAAAAUCUUGUCAGCUUACUUGUCUUUCCCAUGUUGCUUCCAUUACUGCAGUUAAGGCAGAUUGAUGGCUCAAAUAUAUCAGCAGUCACUUCUCUGUAUAUCCUUUGUCGUCUUCUUCAAGUUGUAGGUGGAAAAAGCAUGAUAGACGCUGUGGCUGGUGUUAUUCUAUAUCCUUAUAUGACGUCAAGUGUGGGAGAUGCUACUGAAAGAAACACAGUUGAUGGCAGUUGGAAUGCUAAAUCUUUUUUGGACCAUUUGAAUCAUAUGGAAAAAAUGGUAUGUUCUGGUCCAAAGUCCGAAGGAGCAGAAAACAUUGAGAGCAGCUAUUUGUUUGGACAUUUGGCAGAGCACAUAUCAUCUAAUUCUCAAUUCAUUGGUGGCCACCUGAAUGAUGUCUGUACAGAAAGGGGUGGAAUACUUGCAUCUAUUUUUGCUGACAAUAAUCAGAGUCUGCUGCUAGCAUCUCUAUUUUUAUUGCUUAUUUUAGCAGAAAGUAAAGAUCUUGAUUAUUUCCUAGCUUCAAUGAUUGGGUUAAGUGGAACACAGGAUAUGAUGUCGCAGACUCAUGACUUAUCAGCUUCACUGGUAGUGGAUGGAAGUAUCUUUGUGAAAUUUAUGCCCCAGAUUGUAAAUGCAUUGUUGACUAUUUUAGCAAGCCAACCAUCGUUGUCUCCGCUAGCUCAAUGGCAUACAGGGUGGUUCUUGCGCAAGCUACUGAUUUAUCAAGAGAACAGCCUCAGUGAUCUUAAUUUUCACCUAUUCAAUACUUCAUAUGAGCAGUCCCGUGAACGCCUUUGGAAAGAACUUGAUGGAUGCUGGUUUGAUUAUAUCCCAGAUACUUUUAGAAGUGAAUGGCCAAGCUGUAAAACAGCUCUUGAGGAAUCAUCCCAAUAUAAAGAUCCCUUUUUCGCAUUAGAGCUUGCUGACUGCCAAAAAAAGACAAACGGCGAUACCACUACUCUUUCUGCUUGGCAAAGGAUGGUAGAAGCUGUGAAGGUAUUCAUUCUCCAUUUUCAGCUUAAGGCAGUCAUUUCCAAAGGAGAUUUGCUUGAAAAACCCCAGCUAAACAUGACGACUGGUGCAACUGCCGAUUCUGGAAAAAGCCGCGCCUCAGAUAUUUCAUCUGCAAGCUUUGGAUCUGAUGUUUCUUUAGGCUCUGGAAUCCCUUGCAGUAUAGCAUUUUCCAAUGCAGGAAUCAGGGAUGUCUGCCUGAUACCUGUGGCAAGGGGAAUGACCGGAAAAUUGCUUCUCACUGAGAAACAUCCCUUCCGCAGUCAAAGAGGAGUUGUUAUUGCUAUUGCUCCAUUGGCCGGCUUGACUCCAAAGAUAGACAAGGACCAUCCCUCAUGGUUGCAUCUCCGGAUAAGAGAGCUUGACCCAAGAUUUGAUACAAGUAAAGCUAGAGGCAACCACUUGAAGAUGUCCAAUCAUUUUGCAGAUGGGAGAUGGACACUUGGUUUUUCAAACGCGAAAGCUUGUGAGGCGGCUCGGUUGUUGAUACUUGAGGAAACUUGUAAACAGAGAUCCUUUGUCGAAAGCAUACUCGCUCCACUACUCCAGGACAAUUAUCUUGGGAAUUUAUCAGAUAAUCAAGAUGAGUGAAGCUCUGAUACGAGGUGUUGGAGGUUAGCUUACAAUUUUUUUCUCUUUUUCUUUCCUUUCUCUGUCUCUCUCCACCCCUCCCCCUCUUCUCUUUCUUCUCUAAUUUUGUUAUUUGUUAUUGUAACAUAGCUAGGACGUCAUUUCACAAUAGUGGUGUUUAUAAUAUAGUUCAUCAAGUGCGUUGUAGUUCCAUAGGCACACUUAUUUUGUAUUAUAUUUUUAAGCACGUUUUAGUUGAUGUCAAUGUAAUAAAUAGACUUCAAGAA